AUGGCUACUGCAGCAACAACAACCUCGACUUCAGCUUCAAACUCAAAGUCCUACAAGGACAUGAUCAAGGAGGCUAUUGCCAAUUUGAAGGACAGAAAUGGAUCAUCCCGUCAAGCACUCAAAAAGUAUGUUCAAAGCAACAACAACAUUAAGGCUGCCAAUUUUGACUCCUUGUUCAAUACCGCUUUGAAGAAGGGUGUUGAUACUGGUGUCUUUCUCCAACCAAAGGGACCAGCAGGAUUAGUCAAGUUGAACAAGAAAGCAGCUGCACUCAAGGAAUCCAAGGCAAAGAAGGAGGUCAAGAAGCCAGCAAAGAAAUCUUCUGCUACUGCUGGACCUAAAAAGGUCACCAAAAAGACACCUGCCAAAUCCACCACCACCAAAGCCGCCGCCACCACCACCAAGAAGGCUGCUGCAAAGAGUGCUACUAAAGCCAAGCCUGCUGCAGCCAAGAAGGAAAAGGCUGCUCCAAAGAAAGCAACCAAGGUCGCCAAGAAGUAG